AUGGGUAUUCAUUUAUUUCGAUGCGGUAAUAAGACUAAUAAAUGUCCCAUUUGUCGAAAAUAUGUACGACGAGCAAUUUAUACCUUUCAUGUGGACAAUAAUUGUGUCGAUCUAGAUGAAGACGAUACAAACUCUAGUAGUUCUAACAAAGAUAAAUCAACAUUUGAUAGACAACACAAUGUAUCUAAUAGGAUGGUGAGUAAAUAUCAUGAGCCAUUACAUAAAGAUAUGGGUAGAGAACAAAAUGAAUCAUAUAAUGACUCUUCAAAUGAAAUAAGCCCAUAUUUUGAAAUAAUAAAAUUACAUCGAGAUGAAGAACUGGUCAAUACUUCAACAACACAAACAACACAGACUAAAGAAAGCGUCGUUUCAUCUUUACGCGGCAAAACUUCACAAAUACAAGAAAAUCUUUGUAAGAAUUAUUAUCCAACUGAGGUAGAUCAUAUCAAAGAAAAACUUCAAUUCAAUAUUAUUCUCAUGGGUUCACCACGUGUUGGUAAAAGUCAACUUAUUAAUGCGAUAUGUAACGGUGAAAAUAAAGCUGAAACAAGUCCAAGUUUGAAUUCUUGUACGAAAGAAGUAACAUGUUACUAUUUGGAAGAUAAUCAACAAGAAACACCUGAUGUAAAACCAUUUCGAGUUAAUUUUUACGACACGCCAGGUAUCGAAUCAUGGGAAAAUAAAGGUGGAGAAACAGCUAUGCUCAAGUUUAUUGAAGAGAAAGAACCUGUUUGUGUUAUUUAUUGUGCUGCGCCUGGAACGUUCGCUGAUUUGUCACAAGUUCGUCCAGUAUUGAAAUUUUGUCAGGAAAAACAAAUUUUUUGGGCUUUUGUCUGUACGAAUAUGUGGUCAAAUGCCUCUCGAAAAGAUAUCAUUCGUGACUUUGAAAAAGAAUUGAACAUUUUUGGUGAGAGCGUUGAAAACUCCUUUGAUCAAUUACAGUCUUCAAUUCCUCACAAAGUAACAGUUUUUGGUAAUAGUGCACUUUGUACAAUGGUCAAUUCAAUUGAAUAUUACGAUCCUGAAUACUCAUCAGAAAGAAAACCGGUGCAAGGUGUUGAUGAACUCAUUUAUUGCAUAAUGGAAGCACUUGAUAAUGAAAAAUUACUUGGCUGGUGUAAUGCCGUAUUAUAUCGUCGUAGUUUUUGGGAAAAAUUUAAUCAGAAAGUUAGUGGUUUUAUUGCGCUUCGUAUUAAAGAUAUGAAAAAUGUAAACGAUGAAUCGAUUCAGCCAAUUGUACAAAAUAUGAUGACAUAUAUUUCUAAAAUUAACAAAAAACACUCAGUCUAA